AUGGCGUCCUCGACCAAUAUCAAGGUUGUUUGUCGGUUUCGGCCCCCAAAUGCUCUCGAACUCAGAGAGGGCGGCGAUAUCGUAGUCGCCUUUGAUGAGAAUCUUCAGACCGUGCAAAUGAAGAACUCGCAGGCCGUUUCUGGGCCAGAGAAGGAUGGAUUCACAUUCGACAGAGUUUUUCCGAUGGGCACGAAACAACACGAAGUAUUCGAUUACGGUGUUAAAGACAUUGUGAAAGAUGUCCUGGAUGGCUACAAUGGCACGGUCUUUGCGUAUGGCCAGACUGGUAGUGGAAAGACAUUCACCAUGAUGGGCGCGGACAUUGACUCUUCGGAUCUGAAGGGAAUUAUACCCCGCAUCACGGAACAGAUUUUUAAAUCAAUCGUGGAAUCGGACUCUCACCUUGAAUAUGUCGUCAAGGUAUCCUACUUGGAGAUCUACCUUGAACGUAUACGCGACCUCCUUGCCCCCCAAAAUGACAACCUCCAGGUACACGAGGAAAAAUCAAGAGGCGUGUAUGUAAAGAAUCUUUCGGAUUACUACGUUAGCAGUGCUCGUGAGGUCUACGAGAUAAUGAGACAGGGAGGGGCCGCGAGAGUUGUCACUUCGACCAACAUGAACGCUGAAUCUUCGCGGUCGCAUUCCAUUUUUCUCAUCACGAUCCAGCAACGCAAUACCGAAACUGGGGCUCAGAAGAGUGGCAACCUGUACCUUGUGGACCUUGCCGGAUCCGAGAAAGUGGGAAAGACAGGUGCUUCGGGACAAACUCUGGAAGAAGCAAAGAAGAUCAACAAGUCACUUUCUGCUCUCGGCAUGGUCAUAAAUGCUCUGACGGACUCGAAGGUCAAACAUAUUCCGUAUCGUGAUUCGAAACUCACCCGUAUACUGCAAGAGUCUCUCGGUGGUAACUCGCGCACGACGUUGAUCAUCAACUGCUCGCCUUCACAAUACAACGAGUCUGAAACGCUUUCAACCCUCCGUUUUGGUAUCCGAGCCAAGUCAAUCAAGAACACUGCUCGCGUCAAUGCGGAGCUCUCUCCGUUGGAGCUCAAGGGUCUUCUAUCAAAAGCUCAGCUUGCGAACACUAGACAUCUGUCAUAUAUCCAGUCAUUAGAAGCCGAGCUUGCUAUCUGGCGUGCUGGUGGCCAUGUCGAACCAAGCGAAUGGACUUCCGCUGACAAGCCGACUACUGGCGCUACUGCUACAAAGAAAGCGACUUCAUCCCCUGCGCUUUCUACCACAAGAAGCAUGACUCCAGUGAAUCCUGUAUUGGAGGGUCUCCGAUCAGAGAUGAUCAUCGAUAGUCGACCGCAGACACCGACGGCCGUAGGCUUGGACAAGGAUGAGCGAGAAGAAUUCCUCAGGAGAGAGAACGAGCUUAGCGAUCAACUUGCAGAGAGGGAGAGCCUGCUCAAUGCCGCAGAGAAGCUCACCAAGGAACUUCGCGAAGAGUUGGCAUACCUCAAGGAGCAGGAGGCGGCAGCUUCGAAGGAGAAUAAAUCGAUGUCGACUCAACUCAACGAGCUCCGCCUGCAAGUCGAGCGUCUGGAUUACGACAACAAGGAGGGCAUCAUAACCAUAGACAUCCUGAAGGAGCAAAAUCAAGAUGCGAAGAGUGAGUUGGAGGAGCUCAAGAAGGUCAUUACCGAUCUGCGCUCGACUCAGAGAGACGCAUCGGCGGAGGACAAGGAGAAGCGCAAGCAGGAGAAGAUGGCGUUGAUGAUGGCUAAAUUCGAUGCCCAAGGCACAUUCUCCGAGAAAGACGAGCAACUUCGUCAGCUUCUUGCUAAGCUUGAUACUAUUGACACUGCAGGCGCUCUCUCAACAUUGAGCGUCGACGAUGUUGUUGCUGCAAGGAGGCAGCUCACAGAAAGCCAUUCACUUGUACGCGAGACGGUCGAUCGCCUCCGGCAAAGCCAAGAAGAGAAUGAGAUGGUUACUCGUCGCAGAGACGAGCUCGAGGCUCGGUUCUUAUCACUGGAAGCUGAUUAUGAGGAGCUUCUUGAGAAAACCAUCCAUGAUGAGGAGACAAGCAAUGCUGACAUCGUGGAGUCCAUGGCCGAGUUCAAGAACAAGCUAGAGAUGCAAUACGCGGCUAAACGCGACGCAAACAUCAGCGAAGUGGCUGAUCUCAAGCAGCAACUGGAGUUGAAAUCGAACGAGAUUCGCACUCUUAAUGCAUCCAUUGACAGUCUGAAGAGCGUCAAUGAAGAGCUCAAGCGUGCGUUUGCGGUGACUUCUGCGGGCAUCGAGGGAGGGAAGAAUCUGGCUGAGAGCGCGCAGGACCUCGAGCGAACCCGGAAAGCAAUUAACGUGCAGUUGGCAGAGUUCGAUGGGGUGAAGAAAUCCCUCGUACGGGAUCUGCAGAACCGCUGCGAGAAGGUCGUCGAGCUUGAAAUUCAAUUGGAUGAGAUCAAAGAACAGUACAACAACGUCAUUCGAAACAGUAAUAGUAAAGCGCAGCAGAAGAAAAUGGCAUUCCUGGAGCGGAACUUGGAGCAAUUAACGUUACUCGUCGACCAGAACUCGGCGUUGAAAAAGGAGGCUGGAAUCGCUGAGCGAAAAUUACUCGCGCGAAAUGAGCGGAUACAGAACUUGGAAACUCUCUUGCAGGACGCUGACCGUCGGUUAGCUAUCCAAAACCAGAAGUUUGAAACACAGCUCCAAUCAGUUAAAGAGCGACUAGAGCAGGCACGAGCCCAGAAGACUUCAAGUCCGAUAAACUUUGGGCGUAUCGCCAAGCCACUGCGGGGUGGCGGGGGUUCUACAGCAACGCCUGGGCCUGUUGCCACACCUGCAGCUGUUUCAAGCGGUGCACCGUCAGGAAACUCUUUAACUCGCAUCCAGAACGAAGACGGAAGUGGAGGUUAG